AUGGAUAUCCCCACGCGUUGGACAUCAAUCGUGCAAAGACACCCGACCCCUCUGAUCGAAAUCGCCGGCAUGCUAGGAACCCAAUUGGUAACCUUCUGGCUCCCAGCAGGGCUAUUUACAGUUUGCGACCUCCUCGCCUGGCCCUCCCUCCAACGAUACAAGAUCCAGCCGGCGAACAAGCAGCCCAGCCGGGUGAGCAUUAUCCGCGAUGCAUUUUUCGGGUCCCUCCUGAACCAACUACUGAGCACAACGCUCCACGCCCUCCAGCUGCUUUUGGUCCAUGUCGUCCUACACCGACCAGAUCUCGGAUACCGCGUCGCACCAACCCUGCCGUCCCAGCCCGAGUUCAUUACUGAAUUCGCCCUGUGCAUGCUGGCACGGGAGAUCAUCUACUACUACUGCCACCGGCUCCUGCACCAUCCGCUCUUUUACGCGCGCUUUCACCGACAGCACCACCGGUUCCGCGCCCCCGUGGCUCUGGCAACUCUAUACGCCCAUCCUGUUGAGCACAUCCUCACAAACAUGCUGCCGAUUGCGUGGCCCGCGCGGCUCCUGGAUGUCCAUAUCGUCACCCUGUGGGCGUUUGUGGGCGCCGUCGGUCUCAAGGCUGCCCUGGCGCACAGUGGCUACCGGCUGUGGGAGACCCCCGACGGGUGGAAGCCUGAGGUCCAUGAUCUGCACCAUGAGUUGAUGACGGUCAAUUACGGCUUGAUCGGGCUUCUUGAUCGGGUACAUGGGACUAGGGCUACUGAGAAGCCGAAGCGGGGCUGA